GAGUCGCCCGGCUGUAGACUCACGUGUUCACGCAGGGAGAGUCGCCGAGGCUCAGGCUCAGACCAGGGUUUGUGCAGUGGGUGUGCAGCGGCUCAAAACUCGUGUCGCAGGGUGAUCAGUCUCGUUUGUACAUCUGUGGGGGAAAAAACACAAAUUAACAAUGCUCCGUUUACCAUCUGCUUUGCGCCAAGUGAGGUCCGCAGCUCGGCUCCUGGCACCUGGUCUCAGCCGAACCUACGCUAAGGAUGUGAAGUUCGGAUCUGAAGCCCGGGCUAUGAUGCUGAAGGGUGUCGAUCUUCUGGCUGACGCCGUAGCUGUUACCAUGGGACCAAAGGGUCGAACCGUCAUUCUUGAACAGAGUUGGGGAAGUCCUAAAGUAACAAAAGAUGGAGUGACAGUGGCCAAAGCAAUUGAUCUAAAAGACAAAUACCAAAAUAUCGGUGCAAAACUUGUCCAAGAUGUUGCCAACAACACAAAUGAAGAAGCAGGUGAUGGAACGACCACUGCAACUGUUCUUGCGAGAGCUAUCGCUAAAGAAGGAUUUGAAAAAAUCAGUAAAGGAGCCAAUCCUGUUGAAAUUAGACGAGGUGUAAUGCUUGCUGUAGAUACAGUAAUUAAUGAGCUGAAAAAAAUGUCCAAGCCAGUUACAACUCCAGAAGAAAUUGCUCAGGUGGCAACUAUUUCAGCCAAUGGAGAUAAGGAUAUUGGUGAUCUUAUCUCUGAUGCAAUGAAAAAGGUUGGACGUAAGGGUGUCAUAACUGUCAAGGAUGGUAAAACGCUUCAUGAUGAGCUUGAAUUAAUUGAAGGAAUGAAAUUUGAUCGAGGCUACAUCUCACCUUACUUCAUCAACACAGCUAAAGGACAGAAAUGUGAAUUCCAAGAUGCAUACGUUCUACUCAGCGAAAAGAAAAUCUCGAAUGUCCAGUCAAUUGUGCCAGCCUUGGAAAUUGCAAAUACACAUCGUAAACCUCUGGUUAUUGUUGCUGAAGAUAUUGAUGGAGAAGCACUUAGCACAUUAGUGUUAAAUAGGCUAAAGGUUGGCUUGCAGGUUGUUGCUGUUAAAGCGCCUGGAUUUGGUGACAACAGGAAAAACCAACUAAAGGACAUGGCCAUUGCCACUGGUGGUACAGUGUUUGGAGAUGAGGCGAUCGGCCUCAACGUGGAAGACAUCCAGGCUCAUGACUUCGGUAAAGUUGGUGAGGUGGUGGUCACCAAAGAUGACACCAUGCUGUUGAAAGGAAAGGGUGACAAGGCUGAAAUUGAAAAGCGCAUUGAGGAAAUAACAGAAACAUUAGAUGUUACCACAAGCGAAUAUGAGAAAGAAAAGCUAAAUGAAAGGCUGGCUAAGCUAUCAGAUGGUGUGGCAGUGUUGAAGAUUGGUGGCACCAGUGAUGUUGAGGUGAAUGAGAAGAAAGACAGAGUAACUGAUGCACUUAAUGCUACUCGUGCUGCUGUGGAAGAGGGUAUUGUUCUUGGUGGUGGAUGUGCUCUACUGCGGUGUAUUCCAGCACUGGAAGCUCUCAAACCAAUCAAUGAGGAUCAAAAAAUUGGAAUUGAAAUUGUUAGUAAGGCUCUGAAAAUACCUGCCAUUACAAUUGUCAAAAAUGCUGGAGCUGAAGGAAGUCUAAUUGUAGAGAAAAUCUUGCAGAGUCCACCAGACAUUGGCUACGAUGCAAUGGCUGGGGAAUUUGUUAAGCUGGUGGAAAAAGGAAUUAUUGAUCCCACAAAGGUUGUAAGGACUGCCUUGAUGGAUGCAGCUGGAGUUGCUUCCCUCCUAGCAACAGCAGAAGGUGUAGUGACAGAACUUCCAAAAGAUGACAAAGCACAAGGAAUGGGGGGUAUGGGUGGCAUGCCUGGAGCAGGUAUGGGAGGUGAUAUGUUUUAAUGUCCUUGCUGCAGGAUUUUCAAUGACCUGAGGUGACUGUUAGUCUGGGUUUUGGUGGAAUGGCUGCUGCACUGGAAGACAAAGAGACAUGGCUAUGAACCAAGUGUUGCAGAAACUGGUUCUGUCAUUGAAAUACUUGUAAUUAAGUUAAGAGCUCAGUUAGGCUGUGCUGGAUCUCGUAACUUGUUUACUGCCUACAUUGUCAGUGCUAAGAAUUGUAAUUUAUUUUGUAUUCUGAAUAAAAUCAACAUUUGUACAUUCCUGGAAGUACUGAAUGUGAAGACAUUACUUAUUGAUUUUAUUGUAACAGUAUUGUGCUGACAAUUGUUUAAAGGCACAGGUGAUAAAUGAUCAAGGGAGGUUUUCUGUGAAAAACAAGACUGAUCUGUAUGCCAUCCAGUACAGUACAAGAUCAUGUAACAUUGCCUUAAAUAAAAGCAGAUAAGUUUUAUAUUGUGACUCAUGAGUUUAUCAAUUUGCUUUCUCAGUUCUGCAUGAUUAUAAACUACAUUAACAUUUAGAACAAAUAACCAUGCGAGAUAACUUUCAAUGCAAACUAAACAAGUUUCAAUUACUUCCCAUCACCCUGUCAUGUACAGAAUAUUAAUUGCUGGAAGUACUUUGGCCACAGUAUAUCUCACAGUAUGAUAGACUGGUGCGAGAAGGGAUGUUUGUUUUCUGGUUGAUCCAUUUAAAGUCACUGCAAGUGAUCUUGCUAUAGCAGCACAGAGGUUCUUUUUAUACCCAAAUGCCUUCACAACAUUUGAGUUAGCUACAGCUAGGGAAAAAGUAAGACGAACAAUUAACAAUGGUGAUGGGCAAAAGCCUAAACGUCUGUUCAUUUUUUUCUUAGAAACAUCUGCAUGAUGCUAAUUUAAUUUUUCUGGUGCCUUACAACUUGACCAUUUAUUGAUUUCCACUUGUGCAAUUAACUUCUGUAACUUAAUUGCAGAGUGCCUCAUCACAGCUGUGUUGAGAAAGAUGAGGAUAAAAACACAUCAAUCUAAAAAUAUUUAUGAAAAUAUCUUCAUCCAUGUUUGGCUUUAGAAAGUAUCUUUGACACAUAGGAAAUAAGUGUUUCAUACUACAAUCACACUAAUUACCUGAAUGGCCCAAAAAACAGACAUGGCUGUCUUUUCCACUUGCACAACUUAGUAUGGCCAGUCCAUCUUAAUAAAGCACAAUGUGGAAAAAUUACAUUUAGUUACAACUGAAUUAUUUGCACUUUAUAUACAUGUAUACUUGCAUGUGUCAUCAUGUAACACUCAAAGCUUUUCCAAAAGUACAGUGCUAUACAAA